CAGAUCGCAUUCGAAAACCUUGUGGCUGUAUCCAGCAACGACCGCAUAGAUGCACAUGUUCACCAACACAGAAUCGACAACUCUGCCACUGUGCUCAACAGAGACCGUGUGGUUGCUCCAGCAUACCUUCUACUUGCCUUGCUCCAUGCGAAGAACAAUGUAUUAAGUCUUGUUUAUCGAACUCGCCACUUCUCUUAUGUCAGGUUACUUGCAGACGAACGUGUGAUGUAG